AUGCGCCGACACCGCAGCACGAUGUGGAUCAACCUGGCGUCGCUUUGCCUCAGCCUCCUGCUCAUCAUGAGCACAUUUAUCCCGCUACGAAACCUGCUGUCAACCAUGUACCCGUAUAACGGGCUCGGGUAUUUCUCGCUCUGCUGUAUCUAUGCCACCUACGUGAUUGGCUGCUACGCAUUGUCGACUAUUGCCCACUACAUCCACCCGAAAGGUGCGAUCGUGCUAGCCAUUAUAGGACACUCGAUUUUCGCCGGUUCACAGCUGUAUCCGUCGUUUGAGACUCUCAUCCCAGCUUCUUGCGUCCUCGGCCUGUGUCAGGCGGUGCUGUGGCGGUCACAAGAACUACUGUGCACAAGCUAUGCCGCUAAUUACGCCGCCCUGUCCGGCGCGAAUGUAAACCAGGUGUUGAAACGAUUUCAUACAGCGCUCAUAGUGAGCGUUCAGCUGGCUCAGAUUUUGGGGAACUCCCUAGUGUCGGUCAUUUUCUUUCAACACGACAGUCUUCACGCUGCUCGGGGCUUGGACCGACAGAACACCACCUUGACUUUCACCGCCGCCGCUGACGACUCGGCUGCCCUAUUUGACCUGACCAACCGGGCGGUGCGCGAUAUUUCUUACUUGCCGUCUGAGUCACAGUUUCAUAGACCGUUCGUGCAGAGUCGACCAUACGAUGCGAUGCACGUGGACUAUUGUCCUAAGGAUCCGCAAAAAAUUGUGGAUAAAUACACGGUAGAGUUUCACACGGUGAAAAUCAUCUUCCUUUCUUUUACGAUCACAGCGCUUGUAGUUGUGUCUGUCUUCCUCCAUAAGCCAGAUAUUCUGGUACAGAGGCGAAACCUGGAUUUUAAGCAGCAGUUGCAUGACAUUUUUCACGUCUGGGGAGAGAAACGUUGGCUCCUUACCACCGGAGUAAUGUUCUAUUCGGGAAUCCAGCAAGCUCUCAUUGUUGGAGAGCUCACAAAGAUUUUAGACGUGUUUGUUGGUAUCUAUCUAUCUAUCUAUCUAUCUAUCUAUCUAUCUAUCUAUCCCAACGAGACCUCAUAA